CUGGGCUCGUUCGAUUGAACUGCAUGGCAUGAUACGAGCUUGUUUAUGCUGCUUUUCCAGUCAAUCGGAGCUGCAGAGAGUGCCCUGCUUGCAUUGUCCUCUCAUCCCCGGCUCCAUUGGUCGGUCCUAGCUCCUCGAUCUGUGGGUUCAAGCUCCCGUGGCUGUGGUGUAAACGUCGUUGACUCCCCCAUAUUAUCUAUUCGACCGAGCACGGGAGGGGCGGCAGACCAAAAGUAUCGACGGCUUAUCCUGGUAGGCGGCUUUAACUAGCAUCCGUAUCGGCGGGAAGCCA